AUAACGGCGCUCUUCACCGCCGACCGAUGUCCAACGCUGGCGGGAAAGCCGAAGCUGUUCUUCAUUCAGGCGUGUCGAGGAACGAGGCUCGAUUCGGGAGUUCUGGUGACGGAUUCUCCGAGUAGAACCUUUGGAACUUCGGAAAAAUCCUCCCCGUUUCUACUUCCCACUCAGGCGGACUUUUUCCUCUUCUUCAGCACCGUGGCGGGCCACUACGCCUGGAGGAACACCUCGACGGGAAGUUGGUUCAUCCAGGACCUCUGCUUCGUGUUGGACUCUUUUGUAGAAGGGGAGACAUUUUCGAAAAGCGGAACUGAAUCCUUGAGUCCUGAUCUGGGAACGCUGGCCACGCUGGUCUGUCAGCGGGUUGCCUUCACUCGAGAAUCAGUCUCUGAUGAGGGGAAAAUGGACGCCAAAAAGCAGAGCCCCGUGGUG